AUGUCAACUAAAUCCCUCACCAUAUUCAUCCUUGCUAAUGUGUGUCUUUUGAUGACAACGACAUCAAUAGCUCAGUUUGUCAUCGACACAAGUGGCGAACCAGUUGAGGACGACGAGGAAUACUUCAUCAGGCCUGCUAUCACUGGCAAUGGAGGACGUUUCACAUUGGUCCCUAUAAAUGACGCGUGUCUUUUGCAUGUAGGUCUUGAGAACGCGGACUUGUCACCUGGUUUGGCUCUGGUAUUCUCUCCUUUUGCUCCCCAUCACGAUGACGACGAGGUGAGGCUUAACAGAGACUUAAAAGUGAUAUUCCAAGCUUCCACGGCUUGUGGACAAUCAACAGAAUGGAAAUUGGGUGAGAGGGACGCAACAACUGGAAGGAGAUUCGUUAUCAUUGGAAGAGAUAGUGGUACAGUUGGAUCCUUUGGUAACUUCUUUAAGAUUGUAGAAACUGCAGUUAGAAAUAUCUAUAACAUUCAAUGGUGCCCUACAGAAGUGUGUCCCAAUUGUAAGUUUGAAUGUGGGACUGUUGGUAUUGUUCGUGAGAAUGGUAAGAUUUUGUUGGCUCUUGAUGGCACUCCCCUUCCCAUUGUGUUCCAGAAAGAAUAA